AUGUCGGACGAUCAAGCUUCAUCGUCCACGCCUGACGCAGUCGGCGAGCGCCCAUCCAUCAAGCAGCUGUUGGUGAUGUUCGAAGCCGAACUGGCCUCUGUCCGAAACAAAGAACGUGCUGGGGCGAUCAAACGUUUGGAUGAUCCCGAAAUCAAGAUCCGAGCUUCCAAGCUGUAUGCGUACCAGGCCGCGGCCGCGAUGACUGGUGUGGUCGAAAAGGAAGUAACGGCCCUCGAGACCAUCGUAAUGGAGGACAGAGCAGCUGCGGCCAAGGCUAUCCAGGCGGAGAAGGACCUGAGGCUCGAGCUGCAGGCACGGACUCGGACUGUCCGCGAGAUGCUGCUCGUUCGUCUGCAAAAGGAGUUUGAAGAUAUCCCCCCAUACGCUGCAGAUGACAAGAUGACGCAGAUCGAGCAGCUCGAGAAGGAGAUUGCUUCGGCUGACCUGCCUACGUUUGUCCCGGCCAAGGAGCGGGAGAUGCAGAAGCAGGCAAGUCCAUGUCUUCUGCGCAAGGACAACCAGAUCGCCGGGAUGCAAAAGGAGCUCGAUACCCUCAGGGCACGACCACAGCCGACAGUGGAACAGUUUCAACGACAAUGCGCUGAUCAGAGCAUGGAAAUCAUGGAUCUAAGGGCGCAGCUCGCGUCCAGGACCGGGACGGUGGCCGAGCGACUCGAACGUGGUGAUAUCACGCCGAAGGAGCAGGCCGCCUUCGAGGCGGGUAUACGUUUCCACAUGUCGGAUCCGACGCAGGCUGAGCUCUGCGCAGGCCAAGCAUCAAAGACACUUGCGAGCUCCGCAUCGGCUCCUGCUCACACGCCGGUGGCCAUUGCGGGGACGAGCAACUCUUCAAUGUUAAAAAACGAGCCCCUGAGGAUGAUGCGUGAAGGCGGCUAUCAGGAAGCGGUGGCGGUCAGGCAUCAGAAAGCGGUGGCGAUCAGGCGUCAGAAAGCGGUGGCGAUUAGGCGUCAGAAAGCGGUGGCGAUUAAGCAUGCAAGUCUACGUUUCAGAACUUGGCCUGGAGGCGAUCCAGACUGA